AUAUGUCCGCGCCCUUGUGAUGUUGGAAUGUAUAUAAACAGCAGUCUUACUCUUACUGUUGAAGUUUAACUACUUGUGGUGCUUUCCUUAUGUGAUAGUAUAUCAAUAAAUACUUCAAAGAAUAGAAAGUACCUCAGACUGUAGGAUGUGGGAUCCAGGUGACUGGCAUUACCGUGCAGAGGGGAACUCCAGCCUCGUAAUUGCACACAAUGAUUUUCCGUAUGUGCUACGCUUGCAAAAGAUUGCCGUGACUGACGGAGAUAAAAAGGAGAAAGAGUGUGCGUUCUUGGACGACGCUGUUCAGGGAGAGUGCCUUACCAGCGUUGGACAGCUCGAUGAGAGCGAAAUUCUGAGAGAGAACAGUAUCAACCGGUCGUUACAGUUUGCUAGCGACGUUAUGCUUCCGGUGAUCGGCAGUGAAUACGUCUCACCAGGAUGUCUGAUCACUCUACCCGAUUACUUUCUAAACAGCAUCAGGUUGAACGUCGAAAAAAGCAGACCGCCGAAUCGACGGAAGAAGGUUUUGACGAUUGGUUUCAAUAGUGCCACUCUGCUUCCCGAUUUCUGUGUAACGUGGCCCCAGCAAAUCAGCAAAGAUCCCAUCGAUGGCUUUUUGCCAAGUUUUAUUUCGAAGUUGCGCUGUUUUCGCUUCCAUACCCAUCCCACUGGCAGCGUGCCAAAAGCAGACGCUGUGUCACUUUGCGUGGAAAUCAAGCCGAAAUGCGGAUUCCGUCCGUCGAACACGCGCCUCUAUCCCAUCAAAAAGUCCGUCUGCCGGUACUGCAUGCAUCAGGUGACUAAACUCAAAGAUGAGCAAAUCGGCAGACUCAGCGCCUACUGCCCGCUCGAUCUGUUCUCGGGCGUUCUGAGCAGAACACGACGAGCGAUUCGCGCGUUGUUCGAAGACCCGCAGAACAACCUGCGCGUGUUCUACGCGCGCGAACAAGUGUUCGGCGACAAACUUCGCGACACGGACCUGCGCCGGCUGCUGACGACGUUCAUGUUUCCCGCCGCGUCGCGCAGUUCGACCGCAGGUGGCGCCACCGGUGCCUCGACCUCGCCGGAUGAGGACGUCCUGGAGAUGCUCGGCGACGUCAUCGUCGAAGCGCUGUGGCGGCGCGGCGGCGACGGCGACGUGGUUCGCGGCGACCUGAGUAGCAAUGCAGACGGCUCGGCACCUCGCAACGAUGCUGACGUCGGAGCGAACUGCCGUCGGAAGACGCGGUGCCUGUCGGAAGGCGUCCCUCUGCCGCCGGGAUGCAUAUUGGAGCGUGUGCUGUCCGCUCAGAAGCUGGACGCUCUACCGAUCGAGGACAUUUUAAUGCAUUACGAGACGUUGGAGAAGAAUUCAUGCCUAUUUCGGGAUCAGGAUGGGCCAUACAAUACCGAAAGUUGGGCUGCGAUACGACAGAAUGUGAAUGACUCGCUGGAAACAGAUGAUGGGAAAUUGCUUCACAUCCGUAGAUUCCUGAUUGCGCAGACCGCAAAGGACUGCUCGAUCUUUAUAUCUUUCCCGAAGGUAGCUUCUUCCUCACUGCCUCCAUCAGACAGUAGCCAAACUGAUAGCUCACACAACUGUGGCUAUAAUAGCGAAGUCAGUGGCGAAAAAAAGUUGUCGGGAUUUGGUUCACCGUAUCGAUUUGCAGGCGAGUUUAUAUUUUCUGUCCAUGUCGUAGACCUGGACCCAAAAGAUUGCAAGCGCAUACCAAAGUAUUUUGAGGACGAUGAAAUCAUUGUAAAAACAUAUGAAAAUUAUUUAAAGGAAUAAAAAUAAGGCACCUGGGGAUAGUUUGCAGGAAGAAUGGAUAUUACCAUACAGUGGCUUAUAUGCUGAUGAUGUGAUGUGAAAAAUGCUGGUGGCGGCCAUGCUAUUUUCAUUUGUAUAUUGCUGGCCACUUGGCACUUGGCAAGUUAUUGCAUUUACCAAUAGACGUGUUCUAUUAUGCCCAAUAUACUGCUUGUGUCUAAUCAUCCAGAUGAGACGGGAUACUAGAGAAGCGUUGCCGAAAGGAGGUG